AAAGAUUAAACCAACUCAGAAUCUCAGGUGAUGCAAUGGUAUGUGAGAAAGAGGAGCAGAAUUCUCUGCAGGAAAAUGUUGAGCAAGUGGAUGAACACAGAGAAUUAUUGCAAAGAUCAAAAAGAAAUGUGUCGAAGAGUCAUGAGCAGGGAAAAUCAUGCAAGACUCAGUACACAGCAGAAAGAGAGCAGGGAAACCAGCCAGGAGAGAAAAUGGGUAAAUUUAUUUCCUGUCAGGGAAGUCAGAAAAGCAUCAAGGAAACCACAACACAGCAGGAAAUCCUCAUGGGCAAGAGGGAAAAUACAUGCAGUGAGUGUGGGAAAAACUUCACUCGCAGCUCACACCUUAUUGCCCAUCAAAGAAUCCACACAGGAGAGCGGCCCUAUAAAUGCUGUGAGUGUGGGAAAACCUUCUAUCGCCACUCGAGCCUUAUUGCCCAUCAAAGAAUCCACACAAGGGAGUGGCCCUGUAAAUGCAGUGAGUGUGGGAAAUACUUCACUGAGAGCUCAGCCCUUUCUGCACAUCAGAGAAUCCAUAUGGGGAAGACGCCCUUUGAAUGCCAUGAGUGUGGGAAAACCUUCAGUCGUAGCUCGCACCUUAUUAGGCAUCAGACAGUCCACACAGGGGAGAGGCCCUAUGAAUGCAGUGAGUGUGGGAAAACCUUCAGUCGUACCUCGCACCUUAUUAGGCAUCAGACAGUCCACACAGGGGAGAGGCCCUAUGAAUGCAGUGAGUGUGGGAAAACCUUCAGUUUCAGCUCACAUCUUAUUAGGCAUCAGACAGUCCACAGAGGGGAGAGCCCCUAUGUAUGCAGUGAGUGUGGAAAAACCUUCAAUCACAGCUCACACCUUAGUAGGCAUCAGAGAUUCCACACAGGGGAGAGCCCCUUUGAAUGCAGUGAGUGUGGGAAAACCUUCAGUUGCAGCUGGAACCUUAUUAGGCAUCAGAAAAUCCACACAAGUGAGAGAAGCUAUGAAAGCAGUGAGUGUGGGAAAACCUUAGGGCCCAAAGAAAUUUUGUCCAACUCCACUUCCUAGUUCAGUGUGUCUCAUUACUAUGCCAGAGGAUACCAGGGUUAGAUUGAGAACAAUCAUCCUUCACUGUUUGGAUCUAAAGAGAGAGUGCUUCAUAGGACAGUCCUUCCCCGUGGAUCCCAGUCUGGCUGCCUGAGUGGGUAACAAGGACUUUCAGGCUGUAGAAAUGAUGGUAACCAAUGAGGCAACAAAUGUGUCAAGCUCCAAUUUCAGACUUCUGGAUACUCACAUGUUGAGCCCUGAUUCUAAGGUUUUGUGUCUGAUGCUCUGGCUGCACAAUAAAGCUGAUGUUGGUGCAGCUGUAGCACUGCUAUUACAGAUGCUCUCCACCAAUGGGAGAAAUCUCUUCCUUGGGAUUUAUUAGUCUAGCCCCCACAAGCGGCAGUGGCUAUGUUGGCAGGCAAAGCUCUCCUGCUGAUGUAGUGUUAUUUCAUGGGAGGAGGGUUGUGUAACUACAUUUCUCACCAGUGUGUAUUUUUCACACCCCUGAGCAAUAUAGUUACGCCAAUGAAUGUCUUUAGUGUAGAUUAGACCUUAGUUUUCUCUUGUUUUAUGUAUUUACAUCACUUCUCCUCUACCAUCUCCUACUUUGAAAGAUUAAAAAGUGCGACAAGAGAGAUAUUUUUUCCCCACGAUGCAAACAUUCCCAUAUAGGAAACCCCUUCCACCAACACACAUGGCAAAAGAGCCAGAGAUAUAUGAACUCACAUGUAGUGUAAGGAGUUCUGGUAGAAAACCUCCCUCCAAAGGUUGGGGUGGGAGAAUGUGUGUGAGAAAGUGUGUAAGAAAAUAUUGGCCUAGUAUAGAUUUAAAUUUUUUGUAUUUCCAAUAGAACUUAUUUUGCUUAGCUUCAAAGUUAAUUUCUAUUAAAAGGAAAACUACUCAAGGAGACAAGUUGUAUAAGUUUUUACCCACUUAGCCUGUAAGGGUCACUGAGUUCCUCACUUCUCUAAUUUGCAAAGAAAAGACAUCUGUCAUAGAAUGUGUCUAACAGGUAGGAAAGCUGCAAUCGUCAACCAUCAAUAUCAAAGAAAAGGCUGGACUCCACUGCCUUUCAUGUCUAAAAGCCGGCUAGAGGCUGAUCUACAAUGAAAAGCUAUGUUGACAUAGCCACCUCUCUCAGGGGUGUGAAAAAUCUACUCCACAGAGUAGUAGUUAAUGUGAGCCCCAGUGUAGACAGGGUUGGGUUGGGUUGUCAGAAGAAUACUUCCAGUGUUUGAAGUGUAGACAUAGCCUUA